CAGUUGUGCUCAUGUGCCUGGAUGCACCCGAUGUAGCACUAGUGCACCCAUUUUAACUUUACGUUUGCAAAUGCGUUUGUGACAUAUCGUGUCGUUUUUUUUUCCACGUGAGUUUAUAAGCACAGAUCUUACAAGUGAUACAAAAAAUAGAUGAGCUUGUCGAUACUACAAUUUACGUUAGUCGAUGACUUUAGAAAAAAUAUCUCUAUGAUAAAUAUAAAUACAAUAAUCGAACAAUUCACAAAAUAUGGAUUUAAUUACAGACGAUCAGCAUGCCGAAGCAGAAGACUAUUUAUCUUCAUCAAAGCAUGAAUGGACUUGGGAUGAGAAAUUCUCAACUUCGUCGAUUAAAUUAUCGGACAAUAACUUAAAUGUUACAUUUCAUCCCGUAUAUAGCACUGGCACAGCUGUUGUAAGGGGUAACGCACCAUUGGAAAAAGGAAGACAUCAUUUUUGGGAGAUUUUAAUGCUAACACAUAUCUAUGGCACUGACGUGAUGGUUGGUGUAGGAACUGCAAAUGCAGAACUUCAUGACGCAGGCGAUGAUUUUUGUGCUCUGCUUGGACGAGAUCGAGAAUCUUGGGGUUUUUCAUAUAAAGGAUAUUUACAGCACGAUGGUAAGACGUGUAAAUAUGGGAGACCAUUUGGUCAAAAUAUAGGAGAACACUUGGUAGGGAUACAUCUCGAUGCUUGGACCGGCACGUUACAAUUUUUUAUCAAUCGAGAACCAUUGGGUGUGGCUUUUACAAAGUUGAACAACGUUACGCUUUAUCCAUUAGUGAGCUCUACGAUGGCUCAAUGUGUAAUGAAAUUAACUUGGAGUUGCUCAACACCGGUAUCUUUGCAAACUACUUGUUUAGCAGUCUUGUCGCCUUCUCAGAAGGCAUAUCUAUCGAAAAAAUGUCCUGGUUUGCGUUAUCUUACUCAAAAUAUCUUUGCUGAUAUAUUACAAAAAUCUAUUGAUUGCAAUAGCGAAGAAGACAUUGAAUUUCCGGAAUAUAUUAUUUUAGAUGAUUUAGAUUACGCUCUUUUACUUGGAAUAAAGAAGAAAAAACGUUGUUAGCAAUACACAGUAUUUCCACCAUGACAUGCAUUCAGUUUUAUAAUAAAUUGUAAUGAUUGUACAUGUAUAAAUAUAUAUAUGUAUAUAUAUAUAUAUCUACUAACG